AAUAGAGAUAACCCUUACAAUUACAUUUUUUUGUGUACAAUUCAGUGAUUUAUUUGAGCAUUAUUACAACUCAAAAAAAGCGCAUUGUACGGAGCAGCUCUGUAUAUAGUACAUUAUUGACGGAUUUUCACACGGAUUGACGCCUUUGUAAAAGUCAAGUCAUCUGGCGCAUUUCGUCGAACAUUUGGUGCUCACCUCUCGUGGCGAUUUGAAGUUUCAGGCGCGGGAAAUCAUAGGUCAAGAAUCUGUAACUUUCGUCUGGCCUAGAAAUGGGAGAUGAUGAAUCUCGCAAAAAACCCAGAUCCUCUGAAAUGCAUCAUCUUCCAGUUCCUAGUUCGGAUGCGGGCAUGCGUUUGGAUGCACAAGAAGCAUGUCGGCGCUUUAGCAGGGGCCAAUGCAUAAAGGGUGAACUAUGCCGUUACGCGCACGUUAUCGGGAAUGUCAGGGAAACUGAAGGCGAGAGAGGCCAUUGGGCAGUGAGUCAGAGGAGAACCGAAAGAGUGAAUUUCUGUCAGUUUUUCCUUGGUGGUCAGCCAUGUCCGUACGGUAGCAAGUGCCGUUUUCUUCAUGAAACUAGCGGAAACCUGGGUGACUCCGACUUCAGGGAGACCUCUGCCAUAUGCAUUGCAACUAACAACGACGGACGCAGACCGAAGAGACAAACAAAUGAUCCUCGAGUGCGUCAGAAUCAGAACACCAAUCCGAUCUGGGCGAAGACAAAGCUUUGUUUAAUGUGGGAGAAAAUGGGCCGCUGCUGGUAUGGUUCCACCUGCACCUAUGCUCAUGGAAAUGCAGAAUUGCGCAAUGUUGAUUACCCAAAUCCACUGGACUCUUCAAGAGGCCAUGAUCAAGAUACUGCAUCAAACAAUACAGAAUCUGGGACUGUACAGCAUGGCAAGCAGUUCAUGUUCAAGUGGACAGAUGUCAAGAAGAUCAGCCAAGUCUAUGCUGACUGGAUUGAUGAUGAUGCAUCAGGCCAAGAUGGUAACUAACUCAGAUUAAGUACAGCAUGGCAAGCAGUUCUUGUUCUUUAGGCAGUAGGGAUAUUUGUAUUUGCCUGCACUGCAUUUUUUUUUGUCUUUUGGCAUUAGGCAGGCACUUAAAAGCUGCUUCAAGUCUUGACAUAUGCUGUUUUCCUUGUUGCAUAGAAUCUGUAUAUAAUUGGGGGGUAAACCUAAACACCAAUACUUGAAGGGGAAUGAAUUCAUACAAAUGAAAAUAGUUUUUGCUUCUUGACAA